ACAGAUUAUCAAACCUAAAACGUGGACCUUACCACCUUACCAAAGCAGCAAGAGCACAAGUAGAACUAUGAGUAUGGCUGCCGUCCAGCAAAAUCGACCUUUCAACAGAGCCAUCAGAAAGAUCAAGGUGGCUUCAACGGUGACCAGCCUUGCCAAAAGCUGGCAAAGUUGGGCGAAUGACCACACUGGCAAGCAAGACACGAUCCCAAGUGGCUGGAUGCCUGACACCAUCAUUGAGGACGAGAAAGAAAAACAGAAAGAGAAGAGCGAGAUGAAACUCUUGGUCACACCUCGCGUGGUAUCUGUGAAUGGCAAAGAUAGUUCAGACAACAAGAUCAAGACGGGAACCGUGACUAAGGCCGUCACACCGAAACGUACCGAGUGUGGGAAAGACCUCGUGAGCACAAUCAAGGAGAAGAUCAACACCAAUCAGUUGGUAUCAGAGGACACAAAAAACUUCUUAGGCAAUGAGUCUCCUACUAGGAGACGCUUCUGUGGUGGGAAAGCUGCAGUGUUGGCAAAGGCGCUAGGACAAACGGGAUCCAGAAGUAGCAGUGUAGAUACAGAAGACAGUGGACUUGGAGAGGAAGCGUCGUUGAGCGACAAUAGUGAUCAAAACGAGAAUGAACCAAAGAAACACAUCAGCAGGCCAAAGAUUAAGGUAACCACAAUGGGUGACCUGAGGAGCAGGUGGCAACAGUUUGCUAAGAAUCACAUUGAAGGCCAGAAGCUGAACCCAUUUAGUGAAGAAUUCGACUACGAGCAUGCAAUGGCUAUUCGACUCCACAAGGGCGAUACGGGAUACGGUCGCCCCAAAGAGGGAUCGAAAACCGCCCAACGAGCCGAUAGAGCCCAGAAACACAUCUACCGUGAGAUGGAGGAGAUGUGUUUUAUCAUACGUGACAUAGGUCAACAGGACAAGCAGGGAUGCAUCUAUGUCACCUUCGGCCGUCUGUUUGACCGCUACGUUAAAAUCUCUGAUAAAGUUGUGGGAAUUUUGCUGCGUUGUCGCAAACACAAGAUGGUGCACUUUGAGGGCGAAAUGCUCUGGAAGGGCCAGGAUGAUGAUGUCAUAAUUACACUCCUGGUUUGAUGCUCUGGAAAGUCAGAUGAUCUUAAACAUAUGCAACUUAUGCCAAAGUAUGCCAUAGCUAGAAUGCAGUGAUGGGGAGUAACGAACUACAAUUAGCAAUGCUGCAAACAAAACUAUGUUUCUCAGUAGUGUCAUAGUAGCUCAGGGGUUUUCAAAAAAGCCAUACAGUAGCUUUUCCAAAAACAAGCAACUUUUUCCAACAAUUAGCAUGACAAAAUGCUACAUAGCUGUUUUUAGCAUAUUGUAUUGCAUGUGCAACUUUAUAGCCAUAUGAACAGUCAGUAAUCAAAUUGGGUUGCAUUAGAACAUCUGAUUCAUUUUAGGCCACGUCCAAACUAAUAUUUAUUUAUUUAUUUAUUUAUUUAUUUAUUUUAUUUUUUUGCAUUUAUUUGUUACGCCUCUCAUCCACUUUUUUGUUAGUAACAUGCAUUGUAGCUAACUACUUCAAAAAGAUUCGCUUUAAAAUUUACUUUAAAUUCUAAAUAGCUUGUAGCUUGUAAACUACAGUUUCGAAGUAGCUUCCGCAACACUGCUAGAAUGUCUCUGAUUAUUCUAUUUAUAAAUUAUUUGGAAGUAUGAAAUAGAAGAACCUUGAGAACGUUCCAGAAACCUGAUUAUAAAUUAACAUGUGAUCUUCAGCAUCCACUUUGGUGCAUGACAUGUUUUGAAAGUGUAUGUGUAUUAGGAAAGUAAAUAGGGUCAAUAUUUAUUUUUUAUUGACUUUAAUGCUUUUGUCACUAGUGCAAUUAUUUUCAUGCGUACUUCGUGUUAUUUUAUUGUCCAGUAUUUGCUGCUUGAUGUAAUUACCUCUUUCAAAAUGAAAGCAUGAUAGUCUUCUCACAGAAGGAUUUGUUGUAAAUAUUAGGAAUUUUUGAUUAUGUGCAGUGUAUAAAUUUAUUGUUUUAAUCUGGAAUUAUUCUAUCAUGUCAGUUUAAGCUGAAAUAAAAAUAUUGUUGUGUCACAAAUACAACACUGA